AGAAAAUCGAGAAUGUAGCAGAUUGCCGUGCUCUGGCUGCUCGCACUUCAGGCAUUCAUGCUGUGCCGUAUGAAGUACAAAUUCAAAUCGACAUUAACAAGGAGGCAGGUGACAGAUUAAUAAAUGCCAAAUGCGAAUGUCCUGCUGGUGAAUCAGGAAAAUGUAAACAUGCGAUGGCAACUCUCAUUUACUUGAGCCGGAUUGAAGAAGAUGACAUGGACAAUAUUAGUUGCACGGACUUGCAACAACAAUGGGGUAUUUUAAAGUCUAACCAUAGCAAAGAGUAUGAAGCAAAGAAGUUGAGCGAGUUUUGCCAUGUACAGAAGACAUCUAAAAAGAUUGAAGUAACGGAUGAAAUGAAAACUAAAUGGAGGGAGAAACUUAUUAAUUAUGAGGAAACAAAUCUUAUUAAGAAAUUACUGUGUUAUCGAAGCUGGACAGUGUUAGGGCAACUGAAAGCUUUGAUAGACCAGUAUUUGUGUCUUUGUAAAUCUGAUGUUCAAAAAUUUUAUCAUGAACAUGUUGAGAUCUCACUAGAAAGGGCAGUUGAAAUUGCUCUUGCUGCUCAAUGUAAAGAUAAGUGGAUCUCUGGAAGGAAGAUUCGGAUUACUAGUUCUAUUUCCUAUUCCCUGUUUACUUAUGCUAGCAACAAAAGUCCCGAUUGGGAUAAAAAAUAUAAUCAAGUUUUCAACAGUAAAUUUAAGGGAAAUGCUAAUACAAGUCAUGGGUUGAAAUAUGAAGGACCUGCUAGGGACAAGUAUAGUAAUUCUCUAAUAGAUCAAAAAGUUAUUGAAAUAGGAUUAAUGGUACGACCAGAAGUACCAUGGCUAGGUUUCAGCCCAGAUGGUAUAGUGGUUUGUAGUAAUAAUGGUAACUCUGAGAGGACUAUCGAGAUAAAGUGCCCAAUUGAAGGUAAACGACUUUCUGCAUCAGAAUUCAUAUCUAUGGGUGCAAGAAAACGUUUUGAUCAUAAUGGAAACCUUAAGUACAAGCAUGACCAUUAUGGACAAAUUCAAUUAGGGCUUCUUUUGACAGGGCUGGAUAAAUGUCAUUAUAUUAAUUACUCAUCAAGUACUGAUGAUUACAUCUGUGAAACAGUUUAUUUUGAUGAACUCUUUUCUUUAAAAAUGAGUAAAACUUUGUUAGAUGUGUACUUUAAAGAAAUUUUGCCCAGAAUUUAUGCUAAAGAAAACAAUAAUAAGUGAUUGUACUAUAUGUGCUUUAUUUUGGAACUUUAAUUCAAUGGUAAUACAAGUUAUGUGCAUUAUAAGUUAUAUGUACUCUAAGGGUUUUGAUGACAAAAAUUUAUUUUAGUUGAAGUUUGUUUUUUUAAAUUUUACAUAUAUUAUAUUAUAUUAUAU